CAUUGAUAAAAGAACACGGAUUCUCAGUCGCGCAGUCCUACUUUCCUUUUCCAAGUCCUGUGAGCAGACUUGUUUUCAUUCAAGUACGAUGGCCUCUUCUUCUCCAGUGAAGUAUGAUGUUUUUCUUAGUUUUAGAGGUGAGGAUACACGUGAUGGCUUUACGAGCCACCUGAAUGCAGCUUUGUGUUGGAGAAAGAUUGAAACUUUCAUCGAUUACGAACUUAAAAGAGGAGAUGAGAUUUCACCUUCUCUUUUGAAGGCAAUUGAAGGUUCAAAGAUUUCAAUUAUCGUUUUCUCUCAUUGCUAUGCUUCUUCUAAAUGGUGCCUCGAAGAACUUGCAAAGAUACUCGAUUGCAGGAAAAUGAACGGUCAGAUUGUGAUACCGGUUUUCUAUCGUAUAGAUCCAUCAGAUAUACGGAAGCAGACGGGGACUUUUGGAGAUGCGUUUGCUAUGCAUGAAGUACGAUUUAGGGACAGACCAGAGAUGUUGCAGAGAUGGAGGAUUGCAUUGACGGAAGCCGGCAAUCUGUGUGGCUUUGCUUCAAAUGCCAUCAGGCCUGAAUCAAAACUUAUAGAGACAAUUAUUGAACAUGUUUUGAAGAGAUUGAAUGAUAAGUCUUCUAGUGAUAAUAAGAACUUGGUUGGAAUAGCAAUGAAGAUCGAGAAAAUUAAAUCUUUAUUGUUUGAUGGGUUGACUGAAGUAUGCAAGGUAGGAAUAUGGGGUAUGGGUUGUAUAGGCAAGACGACUCUUGCCAAUGCUGUCUUCAAUGAAAUAUCAAGUGAUUUUGAAGCUUCUCAUUUUAUUCCAAAUGUUAGGGAAGCAUCAAAUAAAAAUCAACUACCCCAUUUGCAAAAAGAACUUCUUUCGACAAUGUUGGGGGAUGGACACCUUGAUGUAAGGCUCACUUUCACAAAAGAAAGGCUCAGACGUAAAAGGGUUCUUAUUGUUUUUGAUGAUGUGACAGAUUUGAAACAAAUAAGAGAAUUAAUUGGAGAUCUUGAAAACUUGGGUAUUGGAAGUGGAAUCAUUAUAACCACAAGGGAUAGACAAGUGCUUAAAAAUUGUGGAUUGAAUGAUUCUACCAUAUAUGAGGUCAAAGGAUUAUGUAGUGAUGAAUCACUUCAACUUUUUAAACAACAUGCCUUCAAACGAAACCAUCCAAUUGAUGAAGUUUACUUGAAGCUUUCAGAAAGAGUAAUAGAUUAUACAAAAGGUUUUCCUUUAGCUCUUAAAGUCUUAGGAUGCUUUCUACUUGGUAGAGAAAAAAAUGAAUGGGAAAGCGCACUGGAUGAAUUAAAAAAAUCUCCGAAUGAGGUUAUCGAAACGGUGCUUAAAAUUAGUUAUGAUGGAUUAUCCGAUAAAGAGAAGACUUUAUUUCUAGAUAUUGCAUGCUUCUUUAAAGGAUGGGAUAAAUAUAUAGUUGGUGCCUUCAGUUCACUUAUUGGAGUAUGUGUUCUUGUUGAUAAAGCUCUUAUAACCAUUUCAUACAACACUAUAGGAAUGGAUGAUUUGAUUCAAGAAAUGGGUUGGGAAAUUGUUCGACAAGACCCUAUCGAUAAACUUGGCCAACGUAGUCGAUUGUGGCAUUAUGAUGAUAUCUAUACCAUAUUGAAAAAAAACAUGGGAACUGAUAAAAUAAGAGGCAUGCUCUUCGAUAUGGUUAAAAUGAGAGAGAUACACUUAAAUCCUCAUGCUUUCUCAAACAUGGUUAAUCUAGGAGUCCUGAUAUGCAAUAAUAAGGUUCAUGGUUUUGACAACAUUGAAUUUGAUUUCUCAGAGUUAAGAUGCCUCUGUUGGGAUCAUUACCCCUUCCCAUCGUUGCCUAAGAAAUUUGAUCGUGAGAACCUUGUUAUACUUAAGAUGUGUAACAACUAUCUUCAACAACUAUGGAUGGGUAUCAAGGACCUUGCUCAUUUAAAAUUCAUUGAUUUGAGUUACUCACAUCAGCUUCUUAGAGUCCCAGACCUCUCAGAGGCUCCAAAUCUAGAGAGCUUGAUUUUAGAAGGUUGUACGCAUUUGUUUGAGAUCACUCCUCCAUCUCGGAAUCUCAAUAAACUUGUUAAUUUGAAUCUAAGAAACUGCGAGAGCCUUAUCAGCCAUCCAAUUGGCAUUCAAUCAAAGUCCUUAAGAGUUGUUAUUCUCUCUAACUGUUCUAAGCUCAACACAGCUCCAAGGAUAUCAUGUAAUAUGGAAAGAUUGUGUUUGGAUGGAACUGCAAUAAAAAAAUUAUCUUCUCAUGUAGAAAGUCCUUCGAGGCUAGUUGAAUUGAAUCUUAAGAACUGUAUAAGCCUUGAAAGUCUUCCAAGUAGUGUUAGCAAUUUGAAAUCUCUUCAACGACUUGAUCUCUCUGGUUUGUCGAAUCUAAAGAUUGUACCAGAAAUCCUGUGCAAUAUAGAAGAGUUAUAUUUAGAUGGAACUGCAAUAAAAGAAUUGUCUUCAACAAUUGAGAAUGUAUCCAAUCUAGAAAGACUGAGUCUUAGAAAUUGUUCAAGCCUUGAAAGUCUUCCAAACAGCAUUUGUAAAUUGAAGUUUCUGAAAUAUCUUUUUAUCUCUGGUUGUUUGAAAAUUCAUAGAUUGCCUGAAGAAAUUGGAAAUUUAGAAAGUUUGGAAGCGUUGGAAGCUGAUGAUUUGAGAGAAGUACCUUCAUCUAUAGGACGUCUGAAAAACCUUCAUGAUUUAUCUUUGGAGAGAUGUAAGAGUCAAGGGCUGACAUGUAUACUAUCACCUAUUUUAUCAGAUUGCUGUCUUUUAGAGAGAAUAAAUUUGAAUCACUGCAAUCUCUCAGAGUUGCCCUAUAAUUUUGGCCAGUUGUCCUUUCUUAAGUUCUUAGAAUUAGCAGGAAAUAAUUUUGAGACUUUAACCACAACCAUCAUCAACCUCUCCAAGUUGUCACGCCUCAACAUAAGUCUUUGUAAGAGGCUUCAAUGCUUACCAAAGCUGCCAUCUAAGAUACAAAAUCUAGAGGCAGAGGGUUGUACAUUGCCAAAAACAUUAUCAGGUUUCACAAUACCAUGUCAUAGAUAUUUGCUUUGUUUCACUGGCUCCUUGAAAGUGAGUUGGAAAGAGAUCAGAAACAUUUUGUAUGAUGCUUUUCUUAAUAAUUAUUCAGAUAAAGCUUUACGGGAUGAAGCCACAGAGUGGAGUGUUGGCCGUCCUGAAGGUUAUAUUUGUUUCCCUGGAUGUGAGAUUCCAGGGUUGUUUGGUAUUCAAAGCAGAGGAUCUCAUAUAUCACUACCACAAGGUUGGUUGAAUCAUAGGUUUCUGGGGUUUGUAUUUUGUGCCAUUAUAGGAAUCAAACCUGGCAAAGGUCGCACUAGGUACCAUGGGAAGCUUAGUAGUUUUCAGUAUCAUUUGUACUUUAGAUGCAAAAAUGCUAAAAGGACAAUUUGUAUGAAAGAAAUUUCGGUUAAUGGAUUCAGCUCUAUUAAGUAA